CGAGGUGGAACGAUUGGAAUCGACUGACGACAUCGUGCACCUACGAGCUGAUGGUAGAGUGGGGAGAUUUCUUCGGGAACUCUGUGUACGCACAGUGUAAGUUCCUUUGGUCCUCCUUUAUGGGAUUCCCUUUUGCUUCGGUUGCAAAACGGGCGAGCUGCAAUCAUUUGAUUAAUACGCGGGCUGAUGGGUAAUGAAGGGGAUUUUUGGUUUGCUGUGUGGAACACAGUUCGAUAAGGUGGUUCUACUACAUUUAAAUUUAACCACACUCUGAACCCUAUAUUGUACGAUAUAUAUUGCCACAUUGUAAUGGUGAUAAGCUUCCUACUCCCUAUAUUUUGUCCCCAAGUUGGCAUUGCACUUCGCUAGAACGGUAUAAAACGGAGCUGCAUUUGCCACUGUUCAGCAUUAUUCCAUCAUGUGCGUCUUUAGAGUGCUGUUGUACUUAGUGUUUCUUGUGUUAUCUCCAACUAAAGUUCAGGGCGAUGAACAAAACGCCACCGAAUUGUCCCUCGAAGGGUUUGAAUAUCAAACCUUAACAGUCAAACUGGACUAUUUGCAGCACAAGCUUACCGAGAUGGACUUUGCGAUAAAGGAGGAUCGAAGGACCACCGAUCAGAAGCUAUCACAGCUGGGCCAAGUGAUGGGUAACAAUUUCACCACUUUACAGAACCAGUUGAAUAACAUUCUUAACGAGCAGGCAGCCAUAGCCAAUCAGGAACGGAUGCGAAAGGAGAUACAAACGCUAGCAUCGAACAAAGAUGUUGCUCGAUUUCUGAUCAGUUCCGCAUCGUACGCUCGAACGAUCUCAUUUCCAUCGUGCAAAGAGGAGCCUUCGGAAUUGUCAGGAAAGUAUCUAAUACAACCUGCUGAAAACGAUGAACCAUUCCUGGGAUACUGUGAGCAGACUGCUUUCGGUGGAGGUUGGCUUGUGUUACAGCAUCGUUACAACGGAUCGGUGGACUUUUACCGCAAUUGGACAGAGUACCGGAACGGUUUUGGAAGCGUCGAUGGAGAGUUUUGGCUCGGGCUGGAACACUUGCAUCAGAUUACUUCAGAACGAGAGCAUGAGAUGUUGGUGGAGCUAAAAGAUUUCGAUGGAAACUACAAGUACGCACGGUACGAUCAGUUCGAGAUCGGCAGUGAGGCGGAGCAAUAUUCGUUAAAGAAGCUGGGAUCGUAUACAGGAACGGCAGGUGACUCAUUGACGUACCAUAAGGGUAUGAAGUUUACAACCAAAGAUCGAGAUAAUGAUGAAAGUAGAAGUAUGAACCUUGCUGAGAAUUAUGAGGGAGCAUGGUGGUACAAGGAAUUUCACCUGUCCAAUCUUAAUGGACGUUAUAAGAAUGCUUGGGACUUAAAAAGUAUGGUAUGGUUCACCUAUAAAUUAAAAUCUAUUGGUUUAGCAUACUCAAGAAUGAUGAUUCGGGAAACAUAACCGAUAAGGUGCUGUUGUUAGUAACAUUAUUUUAAAACAGUAAAACAAAAGCAUCUUUUGCUAAAACAAAUGUGUGAUUGCAUGCAUUAGUGAGAAAAUAUAUCAAAUAUAAUUGAUUAACUCAA